AUGACAGCAUCUCUUCCGGGUCGCGGGGUGUGCGUCGCGCCCCGCUCCUUCCCUCGCGCGCGGGCACAGUCGCAGCCGCGCAGCGAUGGUGCUCGGAGCGUCCGGAGCAGACGUCGGUGUUUCGGGGAUCUCGGAGGAGCAGAUGAGAUGCCCGGGAACAUGAGCAAAGAGGACGCGCCGACGCGGAGCGCUUCUCUCACCUUCACCAUCGACCACAUCCUCAACCUGAAGCAGCGCGGCGGGGACCGGGACGGGUCCAAGGCGCAGAGGGACGCUGGAUGUAAGGGGGACGUACAGGCGCGCUACGACGAGGCGUGGGACGUCCGGAGCAGGGAUGGCAGCGGGUCAGACGAGACAGCGCAAAAGAAGCCCAGAGUCCAGCGCGCCGACUGCGGGGAAAACACACCGCUGCUGACCGACGGCUCCUGUCCCGGCGCGCAAAGUGCGCACACGGCCGAGGACGCGUCCGAGCGGCCCCGCGCGGAAUCCAAGGCCACGGUUAAGAAGAAAACGCGCACCAUCUUCUCAAAGAGACAGAUCUUUCAGCUGGAGGCCACGUUUGACAUGAAGAGGUAUCUGAGCAGCUCAGAGAGAGCGUGUCUCGCCGGCUCCCUGCAGCUCACCGAGACGCAGGUGAAGAUCUGGUUUCAGAACCGUCGCAACAAGCUGAAGAGACAGUUGUCCACGGACAUGGAGGGGCCGCUGACCGGCGAGCACCUCUCGGAGGCGACGGACAAUGUGCAAUUACCGACUUUUUACAAAGACAGCAGCCUGCUGGGCGGAUGUUUGUUACCGAUGCCUUUCCCCGUCGUGUACCCGACUGCGACCGCUGCGCCUUACAUCUACUUCUCCAACACCGGCAAAUAUUUUGGCCUGUUUGAUGCAGACUGAGGAUUUCCUUUGCUUGGGAUCGGAUGACAGUGUGUGGACAGUCGGACAUACGCGUUUCCCCCUUUUGAUGACUUUAAAAAAAAAAUGCAUUUACUUAAUAAAAGUAUUUCCAAGUCCAAACUCAACAUAUCAACUAGUCCAAGACAUGCAUGUGCCACUUUUUGUAUCAUCAUUAUUAUUAUUAUUAUCAUUAUUGUUAUUAGAUUAUUAUUAUUAUUAUGAGGAUGAUGCUUGAGGUAUUCCAAUAGAAAGUUUAAAAUUAGACAAAUGUGCGUGUGUCAUGUGAUCUGAACGAAUGUACGUUAUCUCUGCAUCAACUUUGUGACUCCACGUCACUCACCUUGUUUCUCCCGGUGUUCAACUUUAAAAUACGGUUUUCUGAAGCAACACUUCGUUUCUAUUUAUAUGGCCUUAUUAUUAUUAUUAUUAUUAUUAUUGUUAUCAUUGUUAUUAAACGCCCGUUGGUUUUCACGCGACAUGUCAUAUGACUGUGGACACAGUAACAAAUUUCCUUAUGAAUUUUGCAAUAAAAGUGUAAUAUUUGCAAUUUUA